AUGGGAUAUCAGACUUUAGAUAUAGCUUUAUCGUUCAAAAAUAAUCUUGUUCCAUUAAAAAGAUCUAUUAUAAUAACCGAUACAUUAUCAGCACAGGGAAACUUUUUAAUUCAUCACUUUAUUGUGAACCAGAUCAAAGCUGAUAAGAACGUUGUUUUGGUAGGCUUAUCACAACUUUUUAACCAUUACUUAAACAUUGGAAAGAAAUUGGUAAGACGACGGAUAUUGCAGCGUCAUGCGUUGCUUUUGAAAUUGACACAUUUGAUUGAUAUCAUUAUUCUUAUUUCGAUUGUUAAGGGUGUGAACCUAACAUCUGCCUCUCAAAAAGGACGAUUUUCGUUUAUAGAUGGACUGACUUCUUUAACGUCAAAUUCACCCACAGUCACAUCAUUUCCGACUGCAGUGCUGACUCCUUUAUCAAUAACCAAUUGUGCCAAGGAAACUUUAUUAAAUUUUUAUAACACCAUUAAAACAAUUAUAACGACGCACCACGCGUCAACGGAUUCAAAUGUUUUAUUAAUAUUUGAUGAUUUGAGUGUGUUGAUUUAUUCUGGAUUUAAAGUACGUGACGUUUUAGAAUUCUGGGGAGCUUGUCGUGUAUUAAUAGAAAAGUAUAAUGGAACACUAGUUUCUCUAAUUCACACCGAUGAAGUAGCAGAAUCAUUGAGCACCGACAACAUUGACUUUGAUGAUGAAAUUUUCAUAAAGUCUUUGAUAUAUAGAUCUGAAUAUAUACUUUCAGUGCGUGGUUUAGAGUCUGGAUUUAGUAGAGAUGUAUCUGGCGAGAUAACUAUCGCUCGUGGCCCGAAAAACUUUGAAAGAUGGUUUAGACCUUCCACCUUACAUUAUAAGAUACUAGAUAAUAAUGUACAAUUUUUUGCUAAAGGAUUUUCUCAAGGCGUCUUUUAA